AUGACUUCUCCCUCUCUCUCCCCUGUUCUCUCGUCCUCACCCUCUCUCUCCCCUGUUCUCUCGUCCUCACCCUCUCUCUCCCCCGUUCACUCGUCCUCACCCUCUCUCUCCCCCGUUCACUCGUCCUCACCCUCUCUCUCCCCCGUUCUCUCAUCCUCACCCUCUCUCUCCCCCGUUCACUCGUCCUCACCCUCUCUCUCCCCCGUUCACUCGUCCUCACCCUCUCUCUCCCCCGUUCUCUCAUCCUCACCCUCUCCUCCCCCGUUCACUCGUCCUCACCCUCUCUCUCCCCCGUUCACUCGUCCUCACCCUCUCUCUCUCCCGUUCACACUCGCCUGCUUCACGUCUGCAUCUCCCUCCAGCGCUUCAGUCCAGGGCAUCCCCCAAAACGAGGCUUGA